AUGCACUUUGUCAGCUUCACAACCAUCCUGCUGCUGCAGCUCUCCCACCUCGCUGUACUGCACGGGGCCAAAUGGACAUAUACUGGACCAGAGGGACAGCAAUAUUGGUCCAAGCAUUAUCCAUACUGUGGAGGAUCUUUCCAGUCUCCAAUAGACAUUGAGUCAGAGCUGCUGAGGUUCGACCCGAGUCUGGGUCCAAUUGAGGUUCAAAAUUACGACUUGUCGCCCAAUGAGCAGCUUACUCUUGGAAAUAAUGGCCAUUCUGUGCAAUUAUCCUUGCCCCAUAAGAUGUACAUUUCCAGCCUGCCUCGUCGUUACACUGCCGCUCAGCUCCAUCUCCACUGGGGUUCCUCCAACAAACCUGCAGGCUCCGAGCACCUGGUGAACGGUCGACAGUAUGCUGCAGAGCUUCAUAUAGUACACUACAACUCAGACAAGUACCCCAACAUGUCCAUGGCUGUAGACAAGUCUGAUGGUCUGGCUGUGCUGGGUGUCCUGAUAGAGUUGGGAGAGUUUAAUCCAACCUUCGAGCAGUUUCUAAAGUUCAUCAGUGGUGUCAAAUACAGAGAUCAGAGAGUACAGAUCCCAGGUUUCAACAUCAGAGGUCUGCUGCCUUCACGUUUGGAUGAAUAUUUCCGCUACGAUGGGUCACUGACGACUCCCCCAUGCUAUCCCAGUGUCCUGUGGACUGUGUUCAGGAAUCAUGUAACAAUAUCUCGCAAACAGUUUCUGGCCCUAGCAACAUCCCUCUACUCCUUGCACGCCCAGGACUCAGCCCUCGUGCCUCUAAAUGCCAACUUCAGGAAACCACAGGCAGUUGACAGCCGAGUGGUGCUGGUAUCUUUUAAGGAGGGCAGAGGACUGCACGGUACUCUUACAGUCACAUCCCCACUCACAAGGAAGCAAAUCGUUCAGCAGCUGCUGGUUGGCGACCUAGCAGACCUGGCGGAUGAAGGGCUCUAUCAGCUACUACCAAGCAGUCCCGAUCAGCUCCAUGCCGGCAAGAAAAAAGACCUCAAGGAAGAGCAUAGUCAAAGUCUGGCCAAAUACAAACGACAAACUGUGAACACAUCCCUGAGAAAGAAGAGCCAGACAAACCGCUCCGUGGGAAAGUUUGUUCUGGCUGAAGACACGCUCAGCUACGCCUCACUGGAGCAGAGAGUUUUCCAUCAACUCAGACAGGCUCAUGCUGAAAACAAACUUGUUCAAGCUCUCAAAGAUAUAGUUUUCCCCGAGCUCAACCUAAAGAGCUACCUGGACUGCAGGUCGGACUUAGCCCUCCCCACCAUCAGACAUAUUCUGCGUGGACGUCCAACAGAUGAGGCGUUUGAACUGGAUCGCUCUCUGACGAAAGCCUUUAUGGGUCAGGGGAAGACUUCCACAGCAAUGAAGAAGAGUGUGCCAACUACAAACUAUGGCCAUCCAUCCCCUGCUUCUCCCAGGAAACCACACAGCCAAGGUUAUCCACAUCCUUGGCUUUUACCAAUGGAGUGGGAAGACUAG